AUGGGGGCGGCCGGGGCCACGGGGCUGGUGCUGGUAGCGCUGCUGUGCGCCGGGAGAGGCGCCUCCGGAGCAGCUGGCUUUAUAAAGUCACCACUGUCUCAAAAGAAACUGACCGAGGACAGUGUGGAAUUGCACUGCGAGGCGAUUGGCAACCCUAUCCCUGAGAUCCAAUGGUGGUUUGAGGGAGAUGAGUCGAACGAGACCUAUGCUCAGCUCUGGGAUGGCGCACGGCAGGACCGUGUCAAAAUCAACGCCACCUAUAACCUGCACUCUACCAGCACCAUCUACAUCGCAAACCUCACGAUCAACGACUCGGGCACAUAUGAGUGCCGGGCUAGCAACGACCCCGACCGCAACCACUUGUCGAAGAGCCCCAAAGUCAAGUGGAUCCGUUCCCAGGCUAACGUUUUUGUCAUUGAACAUCCCAUUGUAGAAACCUCCCCAAAUGUGACUUCUGGCUCGGCUGUUGUGAUUUCCUGUAACAUAACCGAUCCUCAGGGUCCGGUCAUGGGCCAUAUGUGGAAGAAAGGAGACAAGACCUUGACCUCCGAUAAGGAAAUGACUGAAUAUACCGCCUACAAAAUAGGGGACGUGAAUGGAGACAGCUCAGGGGUGUACGAGUGUAUCUUCGAAACGAAGCCCCCUGUGAGUAGGACUGUGCACGUGACAGUUAAGCCACAUGUGACGGCCUACAAGAAAUCCGAGCAUGGGAACGAGGGGGACACCGGCGUUCUGAUCUGCAAGUGUAACUCUUAUCCUCCUGUUAGUCAGUGGACCUGGUACAAGAUCAUAAACGAUGUGAAUGAGCCCAUCAUCAAUGGCACAGAGCGGUUCAUCAUCAAGUCCAGCGGGAACAAGACAGAGCUGCGUGUUGUUAACCUGGACAUCGAGAAGGACCCGGGCAAGUACGUCUGCAAUGCCACCAACGAGUUGGGCACCGACGGCACCAUCGUGGAACUGCGGGUUCGUAGCCGCCUGGCAGCGCUCUGGCCCUUCCUGGGCAUUGUGGCCGAGGUGCUGGUUCUUGUCACCAUCAUCUUCAUCUAUGAGAAAAGGAGAAAGCCGGAUGAAGUCCUUGAUGAUGAUGAUGGAGGGUCCGCACCACUGAAAAGCAAUCCCCCAAACCACAAGGACAAGAACGUCCGCCAGAGAAAUGCUAACUAGGAGUGGGCGGCCAGGUGGUGUGUAGCUGAGAAGAUCACCUGGAUGUUUUGUUUUGCAAAGUAGCAUCAAGAAUAUCCUAGGGUGUCCUUGCAAUUCAGUUACUUCACUUUUUAAAGAAACAAACUUAAGUUGUAGCUUCUAAAAUAUACACUUUUUUUAAAAAGAGCAGUGGGAUGAUUUUUCUACCUGUAAACUUAGUCCCUUUGUUGCUGGUAGUCUUUGGUCACUGGCUGUCUUUUUGUCCUAUAUCUCAGUGUUGGUGCAGGGAGGGCAAGGUGGGAGCGUGACCUGUGUGGUGUCUUGCUGGCUUUAUGCAGUGUGUAAAGUUAAUCGGGGGAGAAGGAGGUGUGCGGGGAGGGGUUGGAGUGUGUCUGCAGACACUGCGCUUCCAGGAGUCAAAGUGCCUCUGCUCCGCUUUCCUGAUUUCUGGUCGGAGGCCCUGCUGGGAGCUAAAGAGAGAACUGACAUCUCCAUGUAGGCGAGUGUGAACCUUAGACGCAGCCCGCAUGCCGUGUCCUCCCAGGAGCCCUGUCAUCCUGCCCUGUUUUGUGCAUGUCAGGGAGAAACUGUUUCAAUGACCUUUCAGAGGAGACCUGAUCUGACCCAAAGGGGUGGGAAGCCAGUUAUGUACCGGCUAGAAGAGAUACUUUACAGAGCUUGGAUUGGGUGGUGUGUGUGCUCCCACCUCUCUGUGGCACCAAGGGGGGUGUCUGGCUCCGUCCCUUGGGGAAUGGGUGGGAAAUCCUCUGAUAUCUGCAGGAACCCCCCCCUUCUUUCCCUCCCCCGCAAUUGAUCAAUGCCAUAGCUACUCUCAUGGGCUUCCUGCCCCAUUGUCUCUCUCAGCAGGGCUGCUUUAUUUACCCUCUUAAACAACAAAGACAACUUAAGGGGUAGCUUUUAAAGCUGGAAACUGAGCAAAUGUGACUAGUUAACUUAUUUCACACUGUUUUGUUAGUCUCUUUUUAAAUGUCGCUACACUGGGGGUGGGAGGGGGGGCUGAGUCUUGGAGUGAUUGCUGGGCUGCAGGGCUCAUGUUCAGAUCUGCCAGGGAGCAGAUUGACUGCAUGUUUCCUUGUGCUCGAGCCAUCUCAGUGUUUCUCUGUGACUAGGCGCCUGCGAACGGACGCGCCACGCAGUCUGUAUUCAUCACCCGUGUUGUUGGGUUAGCAUUGAAAUAUUCCAUCUGUUAACAAACUUCACCAAUAAAGAUGAUUCCUUUUUCUGGUC